GAAUUUAUUUAUUUUUUUUGUUCACGUUCUUCUAACUACCAUACACACUCUUAAUAAGUUAAUAUUCUUGUUCCACCGCUACUGCUAGUGCUCGGCGGGGAUCCUCCGACGCAUUUUCCUGACGACGGCUGACAUACAAACCGCCCUCUCAACUCCAAGCGCCAACUUCAGAGUCGUGCGUUUCAGGGAAACUUUUUAUUACAUUAUCCAUGAGGCUCUAUGAUGAAUUCAAAGAGAUAUUAAAGAUUCAGAAGCUUCGAAGAUGCGUAUCUUUUGCUGGUUUCUACGGCUUCACUACGCUUAUCAUCUAUGCUUAUGUUAACAAUACAACUAGGGCUGGGUAUUCUAGAGCCGAUCAAUACUAUGCAUCAUAUCCGGCUGGUACUGAGCUUUUAACUGACACCACAAAGUUAUACAAAUCUGCUCUUGGAAACUGCUUUGAAUCUGAAGAGUGGGGUCCAUUUGAGUUUUGCGUCAUGACGAAACACUUUGAGCGUCAAGGGAAGUCACCAUAUGCAUAUCAUGCUCAAUACAUGGCACACCUCCUUUCUCAUGGACAGCUUGAUGGAAGUGGUUAACCAAUAAACCAUAUGAAGUAUGACAGAGGGGAAAGUUUCGAACAUAAGAAGAAAUGUAAAGCCAAAUGAGAAAACUUGAGGUUGAAGUUGAGCUUUUAACUGCUUUAUAUUCUAUACCCUUUUGUUGUUUAAUGAAAAAUGGUAAAGUAUUUGAUUUCCCUCA